UUCUCCCGAAAACGCACCUUGGUCCCGCAGCUACCAGCAUUUCAUUUGGGGAGAAAGAGGAAGAGCGGCUAAAAACGGAGGAUUCUGUUUCCCCAGAAGGAAAGAAUAUGAACAUGUUCAAGGAGGCAGUGACGUUCAAGGACGUGGCGGUGGCCUUCACAGAGGAGGAACUGGGACUGCUGGACUCUGCCCAGAGGAAGCUGUACCAGGAUGUCAUGUUAGAAAACUUCAGGAACCUGGUCUCAGUGGGAGGGAGCAAUCAAAGUGAGCUGAGGACCGUUCAAGACAGAGGACCACAUGAAGAGCUUUCCUGCUGGCAAAUCUGGCAACACAUUGCAAAUGACCUAUCCAGAUGUCAAAACUCCAUGAUAAAUAGUUCUCAGCUUCACAAACAAGGUGAUUCCCCCUGCCAGCUUGGGGCAGGAUUCUCUAUUCAAAUUUCUGAAGAUGAGAACUGUAUACUGAAUUGUAAAGUGGAUGGUCCUAAUGGUACUGAAAACUCAGACUUUCCAAUUUUGGGAGCCCAGGACUCAUGGAGGAAAACUUCUUUGACUGAGUCACAGAGUUAUCUGAAUAGAAACCAACAAAUUUCCAUGAACAAUAAGCUGUGUCAGUGUAAACAGGAUGUUGAUGUCAUCAGUUGGAUUUCACAUCACCUAGAUCAUGGAAUACACAGAAGUGACCAAUCUUACAGUGACGAUGAUUGUGAGAAAGACAGCAUGAAGAUUUCAACAUUGGACCAGGAUAGUAUGACUCACACAGGACAAAAACCUUACCAAUGUAAUGAAUGUGAAAAAUCCUUCAGUGAUCUCUCUACCUUUGAUCUUCAUCAGCAAUUACACUCAAAAGCAAAGUCGCAUACAUGUAGUGAAUGUGGAAAAGGCUUCCGUUAUAGCUCAGUUCUUCGUAUUCAUCAGAGAGUUCACGUGGGAGAGAAAGGCUAUAAGUGUGGUGAGUGUGGUAAGGAAUUCAGUCAGAGCUCACUUCUGCAAACCCAUCAGAAAGUCCACACUGUAGAGAAGCCAUUUAAAUGCGAGGAGUGUGGGAAAGGCUUUGGUCGUAGAUCAGCACUUACUGUUCAUUGCAAAGUCCACACAGGAGAGAAACCUUAUCAUUGUGAGGAAUGUGGGAGGGCCUUCAGUCAGGCCUCUCAUCUCCAGGACCAUCAGAGAGUCCACACCGGGGAGAAACCAUUCAGAUGUGAUGCAUGUGGUAAAAGCUUCAGUCGGAAUUCACAUCUUCAAUCCCAUCAGAGAGUCCACACGGGAGAGAAACCAUACAAAUGUGAGGAGUGUGGGAAGGGCUUCAUUUGUAGCUCAAAUCUAUACAUUCAUCAGAGGGUCCACACAGGAGAAAAACCCUACAAAUGUGAGGAAUGUGGUAAAGGCUUUAGUCGGCCUUCAAGUCUUCAGGCCCAUCAGGGUGUUCACACUGGAGAGAAAUCCUACAUAUGUAAUGUGUGUGGUAAAGGCUUUACUCUGAGUUCAAAUCUUCAAGCACAUCAGAGAGUCCACACAGGAGAGAAGCCAUACAAAUGCGAUGAGUGUGGGAAGAGCUUCAGGAGGAACUCCCAUUAUCAAGUUCAUCUGGUAGUCCACACAGGGGAGAAACCCUAUAAAUGUGAGGUAUGUGGAAAGGGCUUCAGUCAGAGUUCAUAUCUUCAAAUCCAUCUGAAGGCACACAGCGUAGAGAAACCUUACAAGUGUGAGGAGUGCGGGCAGGGCUUCAAUCAGAGUUCCCGACUUCAGAUUCACCAGCUGAUCCAUACUGGUGAGAAACCGUACAAAUGUGAAGAGUGUGGGAAGGGAUUCAGUCGUAGAGCAGAUCUCAAAAUUCAUUGCAGAAUCCACACAGGAGAGAAACCAUAUAAUUGUGAGGAGUGUGGGAAAGUAUUCAGGCAGGCCUCAAAUCUUCUGGCGCAUCAGAGAGUCCAUAGUGGAGAGAAACCAUUCAAAUGUGAGGAGUGUGGGAAGAGUUUUGGUCGCAGUUCACACCUUCAAGCCCAUCAGAAAGUCCACACGGGAGAAAAGCCAUACAAAUGUGAGGAAUGUGGGAAGGGCUUCAAAUGGAGCUUGAAUCUUGACAUGCAUCAGAGGGUCCACACAGGAGAGAAACCCUACAAGUGUGGGGAGUGUGGUAAGCACUUCAGUCAGGCCUCAAGUCUUCAGCUUCAUCAGAGCGUCCACACUGGAGAGAAACCUUACAAAUGUGAUGUGUGUGGUAAGGUCUUCAGUCGCUCUUCACAGCUACAGUCUCAUCAGAGAGUUCACACAGGGGAGAAACCUUACAAGUGUGAGACGUGUGGUAAGAGCUUCAGCUGGCGAUCAAAUCUUACCAUUCAUCACAGAAUCCAUGCUGGUGAUAAAUCCUAUAAAAGUAAUAGGAGUGGGAAGAACAUCAGAGAGUCCACCCAGGAAAAUAGUUGUAUAAAAUGAUUUUUUAAAA